AUGACUGCAGCUACGCUAGCGUCGAUCAGCAGUGCAUCAGAGGCGCACCAAGUUGGCGGGUCGAUUGAAACUGACGCCGAUGCUCAACAUGUAGUGAAUCCGCAGGUGCAACAAUUAAUGGAUCAAGUCCUACAUAUUGUGUCAGACCCUACCGAACCGCAGAGCCAAUCUACCACUGCGGUAGACGAGGUAACUACAGCGGUGGGCGAUCUCCUCAAUACUCUGCAAGCAACGCCCGAGGCCGAGGUGGCCGCAGCCGCCGAAGACCUGGUGCGUGCCGUGGAGUCUGCUGCGCAUGCCGCCGCCGAGCACGAGGCCGUUGUUGAGACGUCUGUGGAGGUCGAGCAGGUGUCCGAGGCCCCGGAGGCGUCGAUGGAGCAGCAGCAGCAGCAGCAGCAGCAGGAGCCGACCGCUAGCGCGAGCGAGGACGUCGCUGCGACCGCGGCAGCCGCAGCCAGCGUCGCUGUCGUGGCCGCUCUGUCGGCGACCGUGGACGCCGUGGAGGCCGAGUCGGAGUACGCGGACGAGGACUUCGGCGACGAGCAGGUCACGGAGUCCGUUCCGGAGGUGACCGUCGACGCGGCGGACGAAGUAGCGGCGACCGAGCCAGCCGAGGUGGCUGCCGCGGCCGAACCGAGCGAGGUGGCAGCGGCCGUGGCGCAGGCGGUGGAUGCCGUGUCGGAUGCGGCGUCCGAGGCCGAGGUGGCCGCAGCCGCCGAAGACCUGGUGCGUGCCGUGGAGUCUGCUGCGCAUGCCGCCACCGAGCACGAGGCCGUUGUUGAGACGUCUGUGGAGGUCGAGCAGGUGUCCGAGGCCCCGGAGGCGUCGAUGGAGCAGCAGCAGCAGCAGCAGCAGCAGCAGCAGCAGCAGGAGCCGACCGCUAGCGCGAGCGAGGACGUCGCUGCGACCGCGGCAGCCGCAGCCAGCGUCGCUGUCGUGGCCGCUCUGUCGGCGACCGUGGACGCCGUGGAGGCCGAGUCGGAGUACGCGGACGAGGACUUCGGCGACGAGCAGGUCACGGAGUCCGUUCCGGAGGUGACCGUCGACGCGGCGGACGAAGUAGCGGCGACCGAGCCAGCCGAGGUGGCUGCCGCGGCCGAACCGAGCGAGGUGGCAGCGGCCGUGGCGCAGGCGGUGGAUGCCGUGUCGGAUGCGGCGUCCGAGGCCGAGGUGGCCGCAGCCGCCGAAGACCUGGUGCGUGCCGUGGAGUCUGCUGCGCAUGCCGCCGCCGAGCACGAGGCCGUUGUUGAGACGUCUGUGGAGGUCGAGCAGGUGUCCGAGGCCCCGGAGGCGUCGAUGGAGCAGCAGCAGCAGCAGCAGCAGCAGCAGCAGGAGCCGACCGCUAGCGCGAGCGAGGACGUCGCUGCGACCGCGGCAGCCGCAGCCAGCGUCGCUGUCGUGGCCGCUCUGUCGGCGACCGUGGACGCCGUGGAGGCCGAGUCGGAGUACGCGGACGAGGACUUCGGCGACGAGCAGGUCACGGAGUCCGUUCCGGAGGUGACCGUCGACGCGGCGGACGAAGUAGCGGCGACCGAGCCAGCCGAGGUGGCUGCCGCGGCCGAACCGAGCGAGGUGGCAGCGGCCGUGGCGCAGGCGGUGGAUGCCGUGUCGGAUGCGGCGUCCGAGGCCGAGGUGGCCGCAGCCGCCGAAGACCUGGUGCGUGCCGUGGAGUCUGCUGCGCAUGCCGCCACCGAGCACGAGGCCGUUGUUGAGACGUCUGUGGAGGUCGAGCAGGUGUCCGAGGCCCCGGAGGCGUCGAUGGAGCAGCAGCAGCAGCAGCAGCAGCAGCAGGAGCCGACCGCUAGCGCGAGCGAGGACGUCGCUGCGACCGCGGCAGCCGCAGCCAGCGUCGCUGUCGUGGCCGCUCUGUCGGCGACCGUGGACGCCGUGGAGGCCGAGUCGGAGUACGCGGACGAGGACUUCGGCGACGAGCAGGUCACGGAGUCCGUUCCGGAGGUGACCGUCGACGCGGCGGACGAAGUAGCGGCGACCGAGCCAGCCGAGGUGGCUGCCGCGGCCGAACCGAGCGAGGUGGCAGCGGCCGUGGCGCAGGCGGUGGAUGCCGUGUCGGAUGCGGCGUCCGAGGCCGAGGUGGCCGCAGCCGCCGAAGACCUGGUGCGUGCCGUGGAGUCUGCUGCGCAUGCCGCCACCGAGCACGAGGCCGUUGUUGAGACGUCUGUGGAGGUCGAGCAGGUGUCCGAGGCCCCGGAGGCGUCGAUGGAGCAGCAGCAGCAGCAGCAGCAGCAGCAGCAGCAGGAGCCGACCGCUAGCGCGAGCGAGGACGUCGCUGCGACCGCGGCAGCCGCAGCCAGCGUCGCUGUCGUGGCCGCUCUGUCGGCGACCGUGGACGCCGUGGAGGCCGAGUCGGAGUACGCGGACGAGGACUUCGGCGACGAGCAGGUCACGGAGUCCGUUCCGGAGGUGACCGUCGACGCGGCGGACGAAGUAGCGGCGACCGAGCCAGCCGAGGUGGCUGCCGCGGCCGAACUGAGCGAGGUGGCAGCGGCCGUGGCGCAGGCGGUGGAUGCCGUGUCGGAUGCGGCGUCCGAGGCCGAGGUGGCCGCAGCCGCCGAAGACCUGGUGCGUGCCGUGGAGUCUGCUGCGCAUGCCGCCGCCGAGCACGAGGCCGUUGUUGAGACGUCUGUGGAGGUCGAGCAGGUGUCCGAGGCCCCGGAGGCGUCGAUGGAGCAGCAGCAGCAGCAGCAGCAGCAGCAGGAGCCGACCGCUAGCGCGAGCGAGGACGUCGCUGCGACCGCGGCAGCCGCAGCCAGCGUCGCUGUCGUGGCCGCUCUGUCGGCGACCGUGGACGCCGUGGAGGCCGAGUCGGAGUACGCGGACGAGGACUUCGGCGACGAGCAGGUCACGGAGUCCGUUCCGGAGGUGACCGUCGACGCGGCGGACGAAGUAGCGGCGACCGAGCCAGCCGAGGUGGCUGCCGCGGCCGAACCGAGCGAGGUGGCAGCGGCCGUGGCGCAGGCGGUGGAUGCCGUGUCGGAUGCGGCGUCCGAGGCCGAGGUGGCCGCAGCCGCCGAAGACCUGGUGCGUGCCGUGGAGUCUGCUGCGCAUGCCGCCGCCGAGCACGAGGCCGUUGUUGAGACGUCUGUGGAGGUCGAGCAGGUGUCCGAGGCCCCGGAGGCGUCGAUGGAGCAGCAGCAGCAGCAGCAGCAGCAGCAGCAGCAGGAGCCGACCGCUAGCGCGAGCGAGGACGUCGCUGCGACCGCGGCAGCCGCAGCCAGCGUCGCUGUCGUGGCCGCUCUGUCGGCGACCGUGGACGCCGUGGAGGCCGAGUCGGAGUACGCGGACGAGGACUUCGGCGACGAGCAGGUCACGGAGUCCGUUCCGGAGGUGACCGUCGACGCGGCGGACGAAGUAGCGGCGACCGAGCCAGCCGAGGUGGCUGCCGCGGCCGAACCGAGCGAGGUGGCAGCGGCCGUGGCGCAGGCGGUGGAUGCCGUGUCGGAUGCGGCGUCCGAGGCCGAGGUGGCCGCAGCCGCCGAAGACCUGGUGCGUGCCGUGGAGUCUGCUGCGCAUGCCGCCGCCGAGCACGAGGCCGUUGUUGAGACGUCUGUGGAGGUCGAGCAGGUGUCCGAGGCCCCGGAGGCGUCGAUGGAGCAGCAGCAGCAGCAGCAGCAGCAGCAGGAGCCGACCGCUAGCGCGAGCGAGGACGUCGCUGCGACCGCGGCAGCCGCAGCCAGCGUCGCUGUCGUGGCCGCUCUGUCGGCGACCGUGGACGCCGUGGAGGCCGAGUCGGAGUACGCGGACGAGGACUUCGGCGACGAGCAGGUCACGGAGUCCGUUCCGGAGGUGACCGUCGACGCGGCGGACGAAGUAGCGGCGACCGAGCCAGCCGAGGUGGCUGCCGCGGCCGAACCGAGCGAGGUGGCAGCGGCCGUGGCGCAGGCGGUGGAUGCCGUGUCGGAUGCGGCGUCCGAGGCCGAGGUGGCCGCAGCCGCCGAAGACCUGGUGCGUGCCGUGGAGUCUGCUGCGCAUGCCGCCGCCGAGCACGAGGCCGUUGUUGAGACGUCUGUGGAGGUCGAGCAGGUGUCCGAGGCCCCGGAGGCGUCGAUGGAGCAGCAGCAGCAGCAGGAGCCGACCGCUAGCGCGAGCGAGGACGUCGCUGCGACCGCGGCAGCCGCAGCCAGCGUCGCUGUCGUGGCCGCUCUGUCGGCGACCGUGGACGCCGUGGAGGCCGAGUCGGAGUACGCGGACGAGGACUUCGGCGACGAGCAGGUCACGGAGUCCGUUCCGGAGGUGACCGUCGACGCGGCGGACGAAGUAGCGGCGACCGAGCCAGCCGAGGUGGCUGCCGCGGCCGAACCGAGCGAGGUGGCAGCGGCCGUGGCGCAGGCGGUGGAUGCCGUGUCGGAUGCGGCGUCCGAGGCCGAGGUGGCCGCAGCCGCCGAAGACCUGGUGCGUGCCGUGGAGUCUGCUGCGCAUGCCGCCGCCGAGCACGAGGCCGUUGUUGAGACGUCUGUGGAGGUCGAGCAGGUGUCCGAGGCCCCGGAGGCGUCGAUGGAGCAGCAGCAGCAGCAGCAGCAGCAGGAGCCGACCGCUAGCGCGAGCGAGGACGUCGCUGCGACCGCGGCAGCCGCAGCCAGCGUCGCUGUCGUGGCCGCUCUGUCGGCGACCGUGGACGCCGUGGAGGCCGAGUCGGAGUACGCGGACGAGGACUUCGGCGACGAGCAGGUCACGGAGUCCGUUCCGGAGGUGACCGUCGACGCGGCGGACGAAGUAGCGGCGACCGAGCCAGCCGAGGUGGCUGCCGCGGCCGAACCGAGCGAGGUGGCAGCGGCCGUGGCGCAGGCGGUGGAUGCCGUGUCGGAUGCGGCGUCCGAGGCCGAGGUGGCCGCAGCCGCCGAAGACCUGGUGCGUGCCGUGGAGUCUGCUGCGCAUGCCGCCGCCGAGCACGAGGCCGUUGUUGAGACGUCUGUGGAGGUCGAGCAGGUGUCCGAGGCCCCGGAGGCGUCGAUGGAGCAGCAGCAGCAGCAGCAGCAGCAGCAGCAGCAGCAGCAGGAGCCGACCGCUAGCGCGAGCGAGGACGUCGCUGCGACCGCGGCAGCCGCAGCCAGCGUCGCUGUCGUGGCCGCUCUGUCGGCGACCGUGGACGUCGUGGAGGCCGAGUCGGAGUACGCGGACGAGGACUUCGGCGACGAGCAGGUCACGGAGUCCGUUCCGGAGGUGACCGUCGACGCGGCGGACGAAGUAGCGGCGACCGAGCCAGCCGAGGUGGCUGCCGCGGCCGAACCGAGCGAGGUGGCAGCGGCCGUGGCGCAGGCGGUGGAUGCCGUGUCGGAUGCGGCGUCCGAGGCCGAGGUGGCCGCAGCCGCCGAAGAUUUGGUGCGUGCCGUGGAGUCUGCUGCGCAUGCCGCCGCCGAGCACGAGGCCGUUGUUGAGACGUCUGUGGAGGUCGAGCAGGUGUCCGAGGCCCCGGAGGCGUCGAUGGAGCAGCAGCAGCAGCAGCAGCAGCAGCAGCAGCAGGAGCCGACCGCUAGCGCGAGCGAGGACGUCGCUGCGACCGCGGCAGCCGCAGCCAGCGUCGCUGUCGUGGCCGCUCUGUCGGCGACCGUGGACGUCGUGGAGGCCGAGUCGGAGUACGCGGACGAGGACUUCGGCGACGAGCAGGUCACGGAGUCCGUUCCGGAGGUGACCGUCGACGCGGCGGACGAAGUAGCGGCGACCGAGCCAGCCGAGGUGGCUGCCGCGGCCGAACCGAGCGAGGUGGCAGCGGCCGUGGCGCAGGCGGUGGAUGCCGUGUCGGAUGCGGCGUCCGAGGCCGAGGUGGCCGCAGCCGCCGAAGAUUUGGUGCGUGCCGUGGAGUCUGCUGCGCAUGCCGCCGCCGAGCACGAGGCCGUUGUUGAGACGUCUGUGGAGGUCGAGCAGGUGUCCGAGGCCCCGGAGGCGUCGAUGGAGCAGCAGCAGCAGCAGCAGCAGCAGCAGCAGCAGCAGCAGGAGCCGACCGCUAGCGCGAGCGAGGACGUCGCUGCGACCGCGGCAGCCGCAGCCAGCGUCGCUGUCGUGGCCGCUCUGUCGGCGACCGUGGACGCCGUGGAGGCCGAGUCGGAGUACGCGGACGAGGACUUCGGCGACGAGCAGGUCACGGAGUCCGUUCCGGAGGUGACCGUCGACGCGGCGGACGAAGUAGCGGCGACCGAGCCAGCCGAGGUGGCUGCCGCGGCCGAACCGAGCGAGGUGGCAGCGGCCGUGGCGCAGGCGGUGGAUGCCGUGUCGGAUGCGGCGUCCGAGGCCGAGGUGGCCGCAGCCGCCGAAGACCUGGUGCGUGCCGUGGAGUCUGCUGCGCAUGCCGCCGCCGAGCACGAGGCCGUUGUUGAGACGUCUGUGGAGGUCGAGCAGGUGUCCGAGGCCCCGGAGGCGUCGAUGGAGCAGCAGCAGCAGCAGCAGCAGCAGCAGGAGCCGACCGCUAGCGCGAGCGAGGACGUCGCUGCGACCGCGGCAGCCGCAGCCAGCGUCGCUGUCGUGGCCGCUCUGUCGGCGACCGUGGACGCCGUGGAGGCCGAGUCGGAGUACGCGGACGAGGACUUCGGCGACGAGCAGGUCACGGAGUCCGUUCCGGAGGUGACCGUCGACGCGGCGGACGAAGUAGCGGCGACCGAGCCAGCCGAGGUGGCUGCCGCGGCCGAACCGAGCGAGGUGGCAGCGGCCGUGGCGCAGGCGGUGGAUGCCGUGUCGGAUGCGGCGUCCGAGGCCGAGGUGGCCGCAGCCGCCGAAGACCUGGUGCGUGCCGUGGAGUCUGCUGCGCAUGCCGCCGCCGAGCACGAGGCCGUUGUUGAGACGUCUGUGGAGGUCGAGCAGGUGUCCGAGGCCCCGGAGGCGUCGAUGGAGCAGCAGCAGCAGCAGCAGCAGCAGCAGGAGCCGACCGCUAGCGCGAGCGAGGACGUCGCUGCGACCGCGGCAGCCGCAGCCAGCGUCGCUGUCGUGGCCGCUCUGUCGGCGACCGUGGACGCCGUGGAGGCCGAGUCGGAGUACGCGGACGAGGACUUCGGCGACGAGCAGGUCGCGGAGUCCGUUCCGGAGAUGACCGUCGACGCGGCGGACGAAGUAGCGGCGACCGAGAUGGCCGAGGUGGCUGCAACGACCGAGGCCCUGGAAAUCGUGGAUGCAGUGGAAGUGAAUGCUACACCCCCACACAUAGUUUCUGCCGCCGCUGUGUCCAGCGCCGUGGUUGGCACGCUCCUCAGCCUAAUCGACACUGUCGAGCUUGAACUGGAAGAUUGUUGGAAAGCCGAGGAAGAUAUCGACCCUGCCAUGGAAGGCGUGGACAAGCAAUUACACGACCUGAUACCGAACGUCGCGCCACUCACGCCCGGCAGGUCAGACGUAUCGCCCCGCGCGGAGCAAACCGAUCAGCGAGUAGAGUCUGAGGUGGUGAGAAGCGAUCUAGAUGUUGCUCCGCUUAAGCCCAACAUUGAGGUGCAGCCCUCGACCGGAAAGAAAGCUGUGCCGCCCGAAGCAAGCGAGGACAACGUUGACUCAGUUCGAGACGCAGAUUUCGUCGAACUUGCCCAGUUACCUGAACCCAGCCCAGCAGAGCUCUCGGCGGCAGCCGUCAGCGUGGCGGUCGUGGGGGCCCUCUUAGACGUCGUUGACGCCAUCGACACUGAUGCAUGA